AAAGUAUAAAUAAAGGUAGAGGAGGGAAGUGGAAAAGCUGUUUUGUUGUGUUAGGAAAAAACAAAGUAGCUAUAUGUUUUCUGUCAGCACUUGUACUCUUCCCUCCCAAUUCCCUCCACCCUACCCAUGCCGUCGCCUCUGCCGACUCACCGUCGUCUGUUCCUCCUUCCGACGCCGAAGCCGCAGCCGCAGACGCCACAACAAGGUCUUCCUCCCUGCCACCACCUCCACCUCUUCCUCAUCCGAACACAAGUUCGAAGCUGUCAUCGACCUCACUCCCCUGACCGCUUUCCAAUCUAGCAUUCGCCGAUUCAUACUUUCCGGAAGAGACGCUUACGUCGAUUUGCAAACCCUCCUUACUCUCGACCACAACCGCAGACUCGUCGUUUCCUGCCGCCGUUCCACCUUGCAUUUCCUCGGAACUUCGGCGGCUUUGACCUUGCUCACGUUUUCCGUUUUCAGCGUUUUGGCCCGAUUGAUUUCUAGGUUUUCGUCGUGGCGUCAUAACGCUUCUAACAAUAGGCCUCUUUUGGUGCGGAGAGACCGGAGUCUCGGCGGAAAAGAGGUGGUUGUUGCGUGGGGCCAGAGGAGCAAUUCUAAUCCGUUAUCACCCGCGGUUCGGGACUCUGUGAAGCGCUCCACGAAGAAUAAGGUUCGGUUUGAAAGAAAAUUGCCCGAAUGGUGGCCUACCGUUGUCAAUGCCAACGGCUAUGUUUUUGAUGCGGGUGAACAGGAGGAAUACAAGAGAGAGGCUUACAGAGUGGUUCGAGCAAUUACAAACAGUAGAUUGGGCGGGAAUGACAUCAUGGAGAGUGAUAUAGUUCAAUUACGUCAACUGUGCAGAACUUCCGGUGUGCAAGUGUCUGUUGAACCAACAAAUGUCCGGGACAACUUGUAUCGAGCAUCUGUUAACUUUGUUUUAAAUGUGUGCAGCAGGGCACCAACUUACUCUACAUCAAUUGAUAUUAAUGGUGAGGAUGCUUCUCAAUUCCUUGCUGGAUUUGCUGAAAAUAUUGGCCUUCAAAAUGUUCGUGCUGCAACAAUUGUGUCUGCCGCUGUUGCUGCUCGCACGCGCUCCUGUCUUCUACAGGCUUGGGCUCUGGAAAUGCAAGGAAAACAGGUUGAGGCUAUGGUGGAACUGUCAAAGAUAUGCCUUCUUCUACGAAUAUUUCCUCCUGAGGAGUCGUCACCUGAAAUGGAGAUGGUUAGUCGGGGCCUCGAAAAGCACUUGAAACUGGAACAAAGAAAACACCUUAUGUUUCUCUUUGGUAAAGUUUGUGGCGAAGACAGUCAUAGGAUUGCUAGAGAAGCGCUUGGUUUGAUGCAUUCCCAAAAUGGUAGCUCUGACCAACUUGAAGACACCACGCUCCCUGAAAAUUAAUCUCCGCCUUCAGCCUCGAUUGGGAAAAACAACUGACUGAAGAUGCAUGCAUUCCUUUAAAACAUAUACAAGAUUAAUUGUUUUUUAUUACAUCUGUUUAUUCAAUAAUAUUUAAAUGGUUUCUUUCAGUAACGCAUAUUAUUGUAAGACAGUUCUUUUAUGGUCUCCAAUGCUAGCAUUUUAAUGGUUUUAUUGUAUUUUUAUCAUUAUUGAUUUAAAGAGCAAAUAUGUCAUCUGACUUUAACAUAAAACUUAUCACUUCCUCACUGUUACAGCUACCUAGCUUCAUUUGAUAAACAGACAACCAUGACAGCGGGCACCAGGAUGAUCCUUGUUUAAGAAUAAAGUACACACAAGGUUUAAUUAAAAUAAGUAAUUACUAAUAGUUGCUAACAUGAAAAUAUUUUACAGGAGUGGGUGCUUUGCAUAGGGCUGUGACGCCAUGAGGUUUGAUGAAUUGAAGUGAAGAUUUAGUUGAUUGACGAGUGUUCCAGACCUUUGGGUGACACAAGGGUGGUGAUUUUUAUGGAGAAUCUUGCUGAGGGGACAUGAUGACAGAAAUUUGAUGGAGUGGAUUUUGCCUUGCAAGAUGGUUUACAUGCACUGUGUCUGUCAGUUUGCAUGCAGAGACACGCAUGCUAUAUUACGCCAGGUUAAACAAUUCUCUUUAUACUUUUGCUUGUGCUUCUGCGUGUGGUAGAUUAUUUGUAAGGAUUAUCUUAAUAAUUAUUAAUAUUAAUAGGAAAUAAGUUUUUUAUUCACUUAA